AUGAAUAUGUUACAAAGCCUCAACCUUCCUGAAUUUACCAAAUUUAAGGGAAUAAACCUUGACAAUGAUUUCACAUUUGGAUUCAACGACCCCAGCAACCUAAUUAAAAGGAUUCGAGUCUCGAGGUUAAGAAUUGUAGGAGGUGAAAUCAGGGAUUGUUUGGGUGCGGUUGUGACGAUUCCCGGCGAAUUGGUGACCGGUGCAAUUGAGAAGGUUUAUGGUUUGGGCGUGAUGGCUUCGAAUCCUCCAUUUCAUGUGGAGGAUCAGACGGACGAGGAUUUUUUCGAUAAAUUGGUGGAGGAUGACAAUGAACCUGUUAAUUCUGGCCAUGUUGAUGAAGGUAAUGAUAAUUCUGAUCACGUGAAAGCGUUCGCGAAUUUAGGAAUCAAUGAUGACGCAGGAGAAUGUGGGAUUAAGCACAAACAGGAAGAUGGGGACGAAGGUGGUGGAAAUGCUCAAGAGGGCGAUUUUUUGCCGUCCAAAAGUUCAUUUGGGGGUGAUAAUGCGAUGGAUCAUGUUGAUUAUGGGACGGGUUUAGAGAAUGCAUCAGUUUCCGAUGUGAGAAAGAGUAAUGGAACCCACAAUUCCGAGGUUAAGGAGGUGGGUUGGAAUUCUUUUAUUGUUGAUUCAAAUGGAGAUGUUGGAUUUGGAUCGUAUUCUGACUUUUUCGGUGAAUUGGUAGAUGAAUCUGGCAAAGCAUGUAAUGAUUCUAAAAAUGAGGUGAAACUUGGUAAUGAAAUUCAAAAUGAUGGGUUACAUUCUUUAGUUAAUUAUGGGCCAUGUCAAGGGGGUCAAGGUUAUGAUACAUCUCAGGGAAAUAACACAAAUGGGCAAGAUCUGAGUAGCAGUCAGUAUUGGGAGAAUCUUUAUCCUGGAUGGAAGUAUGAUCAGAACACUGGGCAAUGGUAUAUAGUAGAUGGCCAUAAUGCUAAUCAGGGAAGCUCUAAGGACAAUGCAGCUGCUUCUGAUGCUACAUCUGAGGUUUCCUAUAUGCCACAAACUGAGCAAUCUGUUGUUGGAACUUUAGCUGUGACUAACACAACUGAAAGUGUAUCAUGCUGGAAUCAGACUUCGCAAAGAAAUAAUGGGUAUCCCGAACAUAUGGUUUUCGAUCCUCUGUAUCCUGGUUGGUAUUAUGACACGAUUACCCAGGAAUGGCGCUCUUUAGAAACUUACCAUUCAUUUAUUCAAUCCACCGGUCAUGGAAUUGAAAAUGGGCAUGCUUCUACCGAAAAAAUUUUGCCCAAUGAUGACAGUUUAUAUAGAGAGUAUGGUCAAGAUGGCAAUUAUGGGUCACUAGCCGUUGGUACUCAAACUACAGAAGACAAGUGGAGUGGCUCAUAUGGAUUUAACCAUCCCCAGGGUCUAGACACAUACGCAACUGAUAUUACUACUAGAAAUGAGGAUACUGCAACUGCUGGUGGAAACGGACAAUUUGGCCAUUCUUUUGGUUCAAGUAGUUCUGUAAACAAUGAUCAACAAAAUAAUUCUGCCUCAUUUGGAACAGUCCCUUUGUACAAUAAAGUGAACCAUGAUCAUGGUUUGGCUAAUGGAACGCUUGAACCACAAAGCUUUGCCCCUAGUGGGAAAGUUGUUCAACAUUUCAAUUAUUCAAAUAUGCAGUUUGAUGAACCAAAUAAUUUCUCAAAUGAAUAUGCUCAAAGUCAGAAGCCCUUCAGUUACUCCCAGGCCCAGCCAUCUUUCCAGGAUAGGCAUCAGUCGCGUGCCCCUCAUGUUGAAAGAUCAUCAGCUGGACGUCCUCCUCAUCCCUUAGUAACCUUUGGAUUUGGUGGCAAACUUGUUAUAAUGAAAGAUUCUAGUUUUUCAAGCUCAUCAUAUGGAAGCCAGACUUUUGUCCAAGGAUCUGUUUGUGUGUUAAACUUGAUGGAAGUUGUCAAUGGAAUUAUUGAUUCUUCAAGCAUUGGAAAUGGCGCUGGUGAUUAUUUCCGUGCUCUCUGUCAGCAAUCUUUCCCCGGUCCAUUGGUUGGUGGGAGUUUUGGAAGUAAAGAAUUGUACAAAUGGAUAGAUGAGAGGAUUGCAAAUUGUGGAUCAACUGACAUGGAUUAUAAGAAAUGUGAAAGGUUGAGACUCCUUCUCUCCUUGCUCAGAAUAGCCUGUCAACAGUAUGGAAAACUACGUUCUCCUUUUGGUACAGACACCACACGAAAAUUCGAAAGUGUCAUGCUUGUGAGCAACCCUGAAAAUGAUACUCCUGAGGCAGCAGUUGCAAAGCUUUUUGCAUCUACCAAGACGAGUGGCAAGGAGUUCACUCCAUAUGGUGUGCUAAGUCACUGCCUGCAAAAUUUACCUUCUGAAGCUCAAAUGCGGGCAACGGCAUCUGAGGUACAAAACCUUCUUGUCUCUGGGAAAAAGAAGGAGGCUUUGCAGUAUGCACAAGAAGGUCAAUUGUGGGGACCUGCACUUGUUCUUGCUUCACAACUUAGUGAUCAGUUCUAUGUUGAGACGGUGAAGCAAAUGGCACUGCGUCAGCUCGUUUCAGGAUCACCUUUGCGUACAUUAUGCCUUCUAAUCGCUGGGCAGCCAGCUGACGUUUUCUCUUCUGGCAGCUCAGUUAGUGGGGAUCCUAGUGCUUUUAAUAUGCCUCAGCAGCCUACACAGUUUGGAUCUAAUGGCAUGCUUUGUGAUUGGGAGGAGAAUUUGGCUGUAAUAACUGCAAACAGAACCAAAGAUGACGAACUUGUAAUUAUUCAUCUUGGUGAUUGCUUGUGGAGGGAAAGAAGUCAGAUCAUUGCUGCACACAUAUGCUAUUUAGUUGCCGAAGCGAACUUCGAGUCUUACUCAGAUAGUGCAAGGCUCUGUCUAAUUGGAGCAGAUCACUGGAAAUUUCCUCGAACUUACUCUAGUCCAGAGGCUAUCCAGGUGCUUGGAAACUCUCAGUUUAUUUUGCUUCCAUUUCAGCCAUAUAAGCUUAUUUAUGCAUAUAUGCUAGCUGAAGUGGGAAAGGUUUCAGACUCGUUGAAGUACUGCCAAGCAGUACUGAAAUCCUUAAAAACUGGUCGUGCACCAGAAGUAGAAACAUGGAAGCAGAUGGCAUUGUCUCUUGAAGAAAGGAUUAGAACCCACCAACAGGGUGGGUAUGCCGCAAAUUUGGCACCUGCAAAAUUAGUGGGCAAAUUGCUCAACUUUUUUGAUAGUACUGCACAUCGAGUUGUGGGUGGUUUACCACCACCCGUUCCAUCAUCAUCAUCAUCAUCUCAAGGAACUGUUCAUGGAAAUGGACAACAUCACCAGCCUAUUGCAAACAGAGUAUCGAAUAGCCAAUCAACAAUGGCAAUGUCAUCCUUAGUUCCAUCCGCUUCAAUGGAACCUAUCAGUGAUUGGACUGCUGACAAUAAUAGAACAUCAAAACCUAAUAGAAGUGUUUCAGAGCCAGACUUUGGUAGAAGCCCUCGCCAGGGAACCUCACCUGACAGUCAAGGAAAAACAUCAGGGGGUACAUCUCGCUUUUCUCGUUUUGGUUUUGGCUCACAACUUUUACAAAAGACAGUGGGACUAGUUUUGAGACCUCGCCCUGGUCGACAGGCUAAAUUGGGUGAAAAGAACAAGUUCUAUUACGAUGAAAAACUGAAAAGAUGGGUAGAGGAAGGUGUUGAACCUCCACCUGAAGAAACUGCAUUACCACCUCCUCCAAAGACUGCUGUUGUCCAGAAUGGUUCAACUGAAUACAGCUUGAAAUCUACACUGAAGAACGGAGGAUUACCUUCUAAUGAGGGUUAUGAUUUAAAAACCUCGAGUCAUGAACAUACUGCAGGAAUUCCACCAAUACCACCUAGCACUAGUCAAUUCUCUGCCCGAAGUCGCGUCGGUGUUCGAUCAAGGUACGUUGACACGUUCAACCGAGGUACUGGAAGCUCUGCAGAAUUGUUUCAGUCACCAUCUAUCAAACCUGCCCUUGCUGCCAAUCCAAAGUUUUUUAUUCCUGCUCACACACCACCAUCAAGUGAGCAGACAAUGGAAGCUAUAACAGAAAGUAAACAUGAAGAUAGUUUAACUAAUGAAAAUCCUUCAACAUCGUACCAAUCGCCUGAACUUUUACAGCCACCAUCGGCCAGGCAAAGAUUUCCAAGUAUGGGUAACGUCUCUUUCCAAGAAAUAGUGACGAAUGACAGCAACUCUCAAGUACCUCAUUCACGGCGAACAGCUUCAUGGGGGGGGACUAUUGGUGAUUUAUUUAGUCCCACUGAAAUGGGGGAAAAUAAACCUCCUGGGGAAGCUUUGGGAAUGCCACCAUCAACAUUUGUGCCCAAUGAGUUUUCUUCAAUGCGUAAACCUGUAAGGAGUGCGAGUGGGAGUUUUGGAGAUCUUCAUGAGGUUCAACUUUGA